UUACAGGCCACAUGUGGCCCACCCUACAUAUCUGCUCGAUCAGGAGGCAGUCAUGUAGGGUGGGCCAGACCUGGUGAAGGAGGAUGGCGAGUGCCAACUGAGGGAGAGAGAGAGAUCCAGUCUGGCAUUGAUCCCCCACUCUCUGGAUCCUGCAUUAACUUCAUGUCAUUCCAGCUAACCUGUCCUUAUGAAAUUAUUCAAAUAUCCCCUAUAUGGGUCGGCUUUGUUUCAAAAAGAAACACAAGUUUGUUGGACUUUGUGUUUUGUACCCAUUAUGACACAGUUUACAACAGUUUUCUGAAGCAAUCCGUAGUGUUUGCUCUGGGGUUCGUGACUCCACCCUUCUUGGCCUCCAGCCUGAUCCGGCGAGUUUACACGUUGAAAAGUAACUUUAUUCUGAGCCUGAUUUUUCCUUUCGUAGACAGGAGUGUAACCUAUUCCGAGAGGAAGGACGGCAGUAUCCAUGCCGAGCACCCCCUGACCCGACCCCGGGCUGCUGGCGCCGGCUCCUCCCCGCCCCCCGAGACCCCCAUCGCACCCCAUCCCCUCCCCGGAUCCACACCGAGACCCCACCCCCACUCAGCAGGCAGGAGAAAGUUUGGAGUUGUUGUGCGACUCGACAAUACAUGCAAUAUGUCAGAUUGUGAAGAUGACCCUGCAGUGUUUUCCAGCAACACCUUGCCCUCUGACCUUCGUUUUAUGGCAACAGUUGCCAAUGGAUACCUUGGCACUAGAGUGUAUGGUGACAUAAUGCAUAUUAAUGGGGUAUACAACGGUGAAAAUAGUGAUAGCUGUCGGGCAGAUGUACCAUCUACUGUUAAUGCCAGACUGACCAUACCUGGUGAGAGUGCUUUGAAAGAAACCUACACCUUGAACACCAGAACAGGUGUAUUUUGCUGUAUAACAGAGACACAGGACUUCAAAGUGAUCCAGCAGAUAUUUGCCCAUCGCACUAAGGUCCAUCUCAUGGUUCUCACCAUAACUUUGGAACGGCUGACCAUUUCCAAGGAGCAGUUCACAGUGCAGAUAAAAUCAUCGUUUGUUCCCCACAGCCAGAAUAUUGAUUUUGUGACUGGGCCAGACUUCAUGGGAGCAAUGUACAUCUAUGGACAGACACUUACUCCAGAGGUCAAAGGUGCUGCAAGGCAAAGUGUCCAUAUGAUCUCAAUGCCGCUUUCAGAGUCUCUGACUCUGUUGCCUAAGGAGCAGAGAAAUUCCUGGGUAUUCCUCACUUCAGUGGCUGACACAGCGGACCAAGCGAAGGGGUGUUUUGUGGAAGGACAGACCCUGGUCCAGUUAAAUCAACUGUACUCUUCGCACGUGGCAGCAUGGGCUGCAUUGUGGAAGCAGAGCUCCAUCAACAUAAGAGGCUGCAGAAGGCUAAACCAGGCCCUGUAUGGGUGUCUAUAUUACCUGUUCAGUGCUCUCCCCCCUCUGAAACCUACAGAUUUCCAGUAUAUCGGACUAAGUCCUGGAGGUCUCUCCAAUGGGGGUAAUGGAGAAGAUUACCAUGGCCACGUCUUCUGGGAUCAGGAAACCUGGAUGUACCCGAAUGUGCUUGUAUUCUAUCCUGAGCUGGCACGCACCCUCCUUAAGAACCGUAUUCGAACACUUCCUGCUGCCAAGUGCAUUGCAGGACAACAAGGAUAUAUGGGUGCCAAAUACCCGUGGGAGAGUGCUGUGAGUGGAUUUGAGGUCUGUAAUGAAGAUGUUUAUGGAUUGAAAGAAAUUCACAUCAAUGGUGACAUCUCAUUUGCAUUUCAGCAGUACUUUUACUUCACCCAGGACCUAGAGUUUUUCCAGAAGGAUGGGGGUUGGGAUGUGGUUAGCAGCAUAGCUGAGUUUUGGAGCAGCCGAGUCACUUGGAACCCUUCGGAGGAGUGCUACGACAUCAUAGGAGUGAUGCCGCCUGAUGAAUAUCAAUCUGAUGUAACCAAUUCUGCCUACACUGCUGUGGUGGCCAAAUACAGCCUCCAGUUUGCUACAGAAUUGGCAUCACACUUAAAAGUUACAGUUCCAUCAGAAUGGAUGAAAAUAGCUGAGAAAAUCAAAGUGCCAUUUGACCCUGUGAAGCAGUAUCAUCCUGAAUUUGAUGGAUAUAAGUCAGGUGAUGUCGUGAAACAAGCUGAUGUUGUGUUGCUAGGUUACCCACUCACGUAUCCCAUGAGUUCUCAGGUGCGGAAGAAUGACCUGGUGAUAUAUGAAGCUGUGACAGAUCAUGAUGGACCUGCCAUGACCUGGAGCAUGUUUGCAAUUGGUUGGCUGGAGCUGAAGAAUGUUAGUCAGGCUCAGCAGCAGUUGAGCAAGUGUCACAGCAACAUUCAGGAACCAUUCAAGGUUUGGAGUGAAAAUGCAGAUGGGUCAGGAGCUGUGAAUUUCCUGACAGGAAUGGGUGGCUUCUUGCAGACUAUGCUAUUUGGCUACACUGGCUUCAGGAUCAUGAAGAACUAUCUGCACUUUGAUCCCAUAAUCCCAGACGACGUGGGUGAACUAUGGAUUACUGGAAUUAAUUACCUUGGAAACAAACUACAAUUUAAGUUUUCUACAGAGAAGGUCACAAUUGUUUUGAUAAGGCCUUGUGGGCUUCAGCAAUCGGCCUUGGAAGUUGUUCUGAGUGAUUCGGGAAAGAGUUUUGUUCUAAAUGAAGGCCAACCAGUGUCUUUCCUUCUGGAACGAGGAACGAUUCAAAGCAAAUGUCUUGCUGCUGCUUCUGAACUAUCUACCAAGUUGUAGCCUGUAGGAGGUGAAUCAGUUUUCCUGUCUGUAACAUAUAGGUCUGUACAUUCUCUUGACCUGAAGUUUUAUGAGUCACUAUCUGCCAUUGGAAUUGUACACCUUUCAGUGAAUUAUUUUGUUUCCCUCCCUCCCUCCCUCCCUCCCUCUGCCACAGAUGUGGGCUUUUUGCUGGGGUAUACUGGCACUCGCAGCUCUACUGUACUUUGCCAGGUCACUUUUUUUUAUCAAGUCUGUAUUUCAGAAGUCAGUGACAGCAGUAUGUUUGGCUGAUGCUGUCCUCACAUGUACACUUGAGUACAAUUACUGGAUAGUAAUGAUUGGGAACCCUGAUUUUUUUCGUUCCUUCGCCCUGGAUCACUUGGGUUAAUUACUGCACCCUUGCUGCUGCACUGCCAAGAUCAGCUAGCUUAUACAGACUGAAUCUACAACCUUCCCAUUCAUGGUGUACGUGGCUACUCCCCCACAAGAAUUAUUCCAUUUACUCAUCAGAAGUCAUUAGAAUCAAAUUUAUUUCAUUCAGUUGAAUGUGAGUUUCUCAAACCAGUGUAAAAACAAAUACAAAAUGGUUCAAUAAAAUAGUAAUAAAUCAUG